UUAGAAUAAAUAAUUAUUCUUACGUCUUUCUCUCCUAUCUCCUUCAAAAGUGUGGUAAUCUCUCGCUUCCAUCAUUCUUUUCGAUGCUAUUUACACAAUUUCUUCUAUAUAUCGUAUAGAUUAUCACACAUUUAUCCUACACAUCCGCUAGUAAUAGCGAUACAAACCGUUUCUUCGAACGGUAGAUCCGAAGACUUUCUCGCUUCAAGGAUUUUCGGUUGAAAAUUCAGAGAGCUCUUUCUUGGAGCUGUAUAUCGAGGUGUGCACGUGCACUGUUCCGAAUGUUCCUAAAGAUUAGAUGUGUUUUUGUGUAGGUGUAAAUGCGGAUGAGAUAUUGAAGCCCGAUCCACUGCUGGUGCACUCCCGGGAAGAAAUCGAAAGGCUGCAAAAUGCAAACGCGGCGCUCGAAGAUAAAGUGAGGGAUCUGGAGGAAACUCUCGCCGAACGAGACUGUUGCGACGAUCCUGGCGCCACGAUUUUCUUCCUCAGGGAGAAGAUGAGAUAUUUUAGGGAGCGUUUCGCGCUUGAAAAGAAAGAAUUGCGAGACACGAUAUCGGAAUUGAAGUUGAAAUUGGCGCGGAUCGAGGAGGACGUCAGCUGCCCGGCGAUACAUCGUCUAAGGGCGAAGCUUCGUGACCUCAUGAAAGGGGAGCCAGUCGAGACGUUGGUGUCCAUCUCGAAAAGCUGCGAAGAUCUGCGCUCCGAGAACGAGAGCCUUAAGGCCGAAGUGGCCGAUUUGAAACGCGCGUUGGCCCAGUGCGAAAAAAAGAUAAAAGAGAUAGAGGAGCCGAGGGAAGUGAAAGUGGUCGAGACGGUCACUGUGCCUGAAUACAUCGAUAUCGAAGAUUUGAUGAACAAAUUGAAUAAUUGCGAGGAAAUGGUGGCCAAUCUGACCAAAGAGUUGGAGGAGAAGAACAAUCAAAUCGACGCGUUGAACAAAGAAUUGGAGCAGAUGUUCAUUUUGAAAAGUCUGGAGGAGCAAAUAGCGAUAAUGAAACAGGAUCUCAAGAAGAAAGACGAGAAGAUUUCGGAUCUUUUGAACACGUUAAGACAGUCGGAGAUAAACUUGCUCGGUUUGGACGGUUUGAAAGCUAAGCUGGAACGUCUGGAGCCGGAAUUGUACGAACUGAGGGAAACGAAAGAGGAAAUAAUGGACGAGUUAAAUAUGAUGCGCGACACAUUGAAGGAGAGGAACGAUCAAAUAAUCCAGAUAUUGGAAGAUAAGGCUAAGCUGGAGGAAUAUUACAAGAACAAGGUUAACGAGUUAGAGGCGAGGUUCGAAGAGCAGGAGAGUUUAAGCGAGGAGCUCGAGAAUCUGAGGAAUGAGUUGGAAAAGCAAAGGAUAAAGAACAAAGAGCUCGAGGCGUGUUGCGAGGACAUGGAUGUCCUCGAGAACAAGCUGGCCGAGUUGGAGAAGGAGCUGGAGGAUAACAGAGGCGAGCUCGAGAGAUUGCAAAAGGAGAAUUUGAAUCUGAAGGAUGAGAUAGAGGUGGAAAGGAUGGAGAACGAUAAACUUCGCGACCGGUUGGAAGAGUCGAAAAAGUUGAUGGAGGACAACGAAAAUUUAAAGGCUCAGCUGGAGCAGCUGCGAGGCGAGAACAAUGAUCUGAUGGGGCAGAAGAAGGCGCUCGAGGAUUUAAAUAAACAGUUAAACGAGGAUAACGAGAGCAUGAAGCGAACGAUGGGCAAUUUGGAGGCGCGAAUCGACAAUCUCUCGAAUGAAUUGAGCAACGUGGAGCGAGAACGGGACGCGUUGCUGGACGAGAAUCAGAGUGUGAAGAGGGAGCUGGAACGAACGUUGACGGAGAACGAAAAUCUGAAGACGGAGUUGGACAAGGCCGAUGAACAACUUGACAAACUGAAAGCGGAGAAGAACGAGUUGCAGAGGAAUUUCGACACGAUGAAACUCGAGAACGAGACGUUGAAGGAGGACGUAAAGGCUUUGAAGGACGACCUUGAAGAGUCGAAGAGAGAGAUGAAAGCGGUCGGUGAUGCGUUAAAGGAUAAGGAAGAGUUAAAGGACGUCGAGUUUCGAGAACUGCAACAAAAUAUGCAGAACUUGAAGACUGAAAAUGGCGAGUUGAAGAAAGAGAACAACGAUUUGAAGAAAGAAAACGACGAUUUGAAAACGAGAGCUUCGGAAUUGGAACACAAGUUGGACGACGUUAAGAAAGAAUUGGAUGAAGUGGAGUCGCAGAAUGCCGAUUUACGUGCCAAAAUCGAUAAUUUGGAAAAGGAAUUGGAAAAAGACAAGAAAGAGAUCGAGCAAUUAAAAUCAGAGAUAUCUUCGUUGAAGAAUGCUCUGGAUAAAUGCGUGGACGAGAUGGAAAAACUGAAGGUAGAGAACGAGAAACUUAAGACGGAGAGAGAGAAGAUCGAAACGACCUGGUCGGACGAAAAUACGAGUUUGAAAGCUAAAAACACGGAAUUGGAACAAAAUUUGACCACCGCUGUAAAGGAAUUGGACAAAAUAAGAUCGGAAAACGCCGAUUUGCUUAGCGAGUUGAAUCGUUUGAAGCAAGAAUUGGAAAGUGGUAAGAAGGAGAUCGAUCAAUUGAAAUCCGAGAUAGGUUCUAUGAAAGACGCUCUCGAGAAGUGUGUUGACGAGAUAGAAAAGCUAAAAACUGAGAACAAGGACCUUAAAUCGGAAGUUGAAGGCUUGGAAUCUGAGAGGGAUCGCUUGACGAACGAAGUUGCCGAUCUGAAACCAAAAAUUUCAGAAUUGCAACAAAAAUUAACCGACGCUAGCAAAAAGUUGGAUGAAGCGAAAGUAGAGGAUAGCGAUUUGCGUGCCGAAGUGGAUCGUUUGAAAAAGGAAUUGGAAAAUGCUGGGAAGGAGAUCGAUCAAUUGAAAACCGAGAUGAACUCCUUGAAAAGCGGUCUCGACAAAUGUGUGGACGAGAUGGAAAAGUUGAAAAAUGAGAACAGCGAGCUGAAAUCUCAAGUUCACGGACUUAGGGGCGAGGGGGACAGUUUAGCCAGUGAAUUGACUAACAUGAAGGGCGAAAAUUCUGCUUUGAAAGAUGAGAAAGAUCAAUUGAACAAGCAAUUGGCGGAGAAUAAGACGGAAAAUGAAAGAUUGAAAAAGCAGAAUGAUGAAUUAGAAACUGAGAAUACGAAGAUAAAAAAAGAGUUGGAAUCGUGCAAGGGUGAAAAUAACAAUUUGAAGGACGAAAAUAACAAAUUGAAGGAUGAACUUGAAAAAUUACGAGGACAAUUGAAAUCGUUGAACGAUGAAACGAAUAAAUUAAAACGCGAGCUCGAGGAAGCUGAACAUAAAAUUCAGAUUUUGGAACCGCAGUUGUCGCGUGUGCAAAGCGAGAACGAGAAAUCGCAAAGUGAAUUGGCGGUUUUGAGAAACGAGGCGAACGAAUUAAAAGCUAAAUUAGAUAGAGAAACGCUCGACAAUGUAAAUAUGCGAAACGCUAUGAAAAUAUUGGAGGAUCAAAUGCACGAUUUGAAUAAGAAAUUGGACAAUUGUAGGGCGGAGAACGAUGCUUUGAAACAGGAAAAUAAAGAUCUUAAAACGAAGUUAUCGGACACGGAACAAGUUGUAUUGAAUUUGAAAACGGAAUGUGAUAAUUUGAAAGAAGAUAUUACCGAUUUGCAGAGAAAGAUCGAACAACUCAAGCAGAAAAUCACUGAUCAGGAAGCGGAGAUAGACCAUUGGAAAGUGGAGCAUUGCAAAUUCGAAUUGGAUAAUGAAAAAUUAAAAGCUGAUCUCGAGAAAAUAUUGAAAGAUUUGAACGAAUGUCAGGUUGCGAAAAAAGUCAUUGAAUCAGAUCUAAUCAAACUGAAGAACGAGAAAGACGAUCUGAAUAAAAAAUUGACCGAUUUAACGUCGCAAUUGGACCAACAGAAGAAAACAUUGGAAGCGGAAAAAUCGGCCAAAGAUAAGGGUGAUGUACAAAUCGCUUCCUUGAAUUCCGAACUCGAAGCGUUGAAGAAAGAAUUAGAGAAAUUGAGAGCGGAUAACAGCAAGUACAGAAGUGAGAUAGACGAUCUAGGAAAACAACUCGUAUCGGCGAAGAACGAGCUGAAGGAUUGCAGAGAUGAAGUCGUUGUGUUGAAAAACGCCAAUAACGCGUUAAGGUCUGAAUUGGAUCCUCUGAGGAGUUUGAAGGAUGAUUACAAUAGGCUGACAACCGAAUUGGACGAUCUGAAAUCUGAGAACACGAAACUUCUCCAAGACAAGAGAAGUUUGGAGGACGAGUUCGGGAAAUUGAGAGGAGAGGGUGAUGGGCAGAGGGUGGAGAUCGACAGAUUGAAGACGACUUUGGACGCGGAGAAAACAGCCGCGGAAAAAUUAAGAUCGGAUCUUCAAAGUUGCAAGACUGAAAAUGAUAAAUUGCAAGCGCAAAUCAACGAGAUGAAGAGGAAUCUGGAUAAAAUGGAAACGGAGAAUGAUCGUCUGAAGAGAGAGCUCGACGAGUCGAAGAAGAAACUCGAGGAUAUGGAGGCGAAGAUGAAGUCUCUGGAAAAUCAGCUAUCGAAUUUGUCGGUGGAGAAAGAGGAGUUGGUCAAGGAACUCUAUCGUACCCGUGAAGAUUUGAACAAUCUCAGAAACGAAUUGGAGAAACAAACGGCUGUCAAAGAUACAAUGGCAAAGGAGUCGACCAAUCUGAAGGAGGAGCUGGAAGCGUUGAAAGCGGAAUUGAAUAAGACUCGUGAUGAAAACGACAAGCUGAAGAACGAGAAUGACAAGCUGAAUGCGGAAAUAGCGAGAUUGAAUAAACAAUUGGACGCACUGAAAGAUGAAAGUGCGAAUCUGAAGAAUGAGAUCGAGAAUCUGAACGAAAGGAACGCGGAAUUGUCUAAGGAAUUAGCCGGGGCGAAAGAUAAUUUGAAAGAUAUGGAGACUCAAUUGAACAAUCUGAAAAGAGAGAAUGACGAUUUGAAAAAUAAAAUCAAUAGUCUCGAGGAUAAGAUGCAAGAGGUUGAUGAUUUGAAGAAAAAGUUGGAAGAGACUAAAAAGGAAUUGGAUAAGCCGAGCCUGGAAUUGGAUACAUUAAAAUCAACCAAUAAAAAAUUAGAAGACGAUUUAAAUAAUGCGAGAAACGAAUCGUUAAAUUUGAAGAAUGAUUUGGAUAAGUUGCAAAAUGAUUAUAAUAAUUUGCAAACUGAACUUACUGAUUUGAAAAUGGAGAGAGAUACAUUUAGAGAACGUGCUGCCGCGUUGGAAAAAGAUCUGGUCAGGGUGAAGAGGGAAAAUGACGAAUUGAAAGAUCAAAACGCGAAAUUUAAAACAGAAUUAGACGAUUGCCAGGAGGAGAACAAUAGGUUGCUUAAAGAAUUGGAGAAGUUGAAAUCGGAGAAUGUGAAACUGCAAGACAACUUGAUCAAUGCGAAAAGCGAAGGGGAUAGAUUAAAAGAAGAUUUGAACAAAUUGAAAAAAGAUUAUACCGACUUGCGGGGCGAUUUGACCAAGGCGAGAGAAGACAGGGACAUAAGAAAGGAAAAGGAUGUGGAGUUGGACAAAGAGAUUGACGAGUUGAAGACCACAAAUGCAAAAUUGAAAAGCGAUUUAUACGAUUGCCAGAAAGAGAACGAAAAGUUGCGCAAGCAACUGACUAAAUUAAAAGCGGAAAAUGACAAACUGAAAAAAGCUUUAGAUAAAGAUGUGGAUCAAAAAGAAACGGAAAUUGACAAAGAUAUUCUGGAUGAUUGCAGCGAGUAUGUUAAAGCAAACAAAAUACUGCAGAAAAAUUUUGAAAACCAGUUAAAAGGUGUACAACGUCUUCGAGACUACAUCAAUUAUUUAGACGGUAAGGGUACAGAACCCAAAAUGGCGGAUAAAUUGGAAGAAUCAGAAAUAAAUCCAAAUACAACAAAUGACAUUGAGAUUGAGGAUUUGUUGAAGAUGUCUCAAGAUUUAAGUAUCAAUAUUAAUAAGGCAGAACAAGAAAUACAAAAUCUUGCUAAAUUAUUAAAACCUGUGGAACUUGGUGCCUUCGAUCCUGAUGGUUGGUUAAAUUCAUUGACACUUACGCAAUUGGCAGAACUUCAUGACAAGAUAUGUGAAUUGACAUCAGACAUGGUGCAACAAGAUUCCAAAGCUGUUCCAUGUGAAGCACCCCAACGAUCAGAGAAUUCGACGGAUAUUUUGAAUAAACGUAUAGCUGCUUUGCAGAAACAGAUUGCGGAGAAGCAAAUGGAGGCAGGAUGGAAGCUUCAGGAGCUGAAGAGAGCUCUUAGAAAUGAGCAGGCUAAUUUAAUUCGAUUGUCCAAUGAGAUGAAUUUGGAGAGACAACGCAAUUUUAAUCUUCAAUCUAGGUUGGAUUCAUCUUGAUAUUUUCUCUUCAAACAAUUAUGUUUUACAAAAUAUUUCACGGCAUGUAUCUAAUCUUUGUUACUUAUGAUUAUAUCGAUAAGUCUGUGUAAGUAUGAAUUGUAUAUCAUCAAUUAUAUAUCUGUACUUCGUUCAAUAAUGUAGUCAUCAUCGAUGUAAGUGUAUAUAAAUGAAAAGUUGAGAUUUAAAUUUUUCAUACAUAACUGUUUCAAUUUUUCUA